GUGCAGAGAGCCGGCUCUGGUAAAGUGCAGCCGGCUCUAGUGAAAUGGAAUGCAGAAAGCCGGCUCUGGAAGCUGCAGCCGGCUCUACAGGCAAAAAUUUGAAGACCGUUGUUUGGCGCGCGCGGAGAGAAGGCGCAAAGCCGGCUCUGGCUUUGUAGCCGGCUGUGAGGGUGCAUUUAAUGCACAACGGUCGAGUCAUUUGAAGAUUAUUAAUGUAUUUAAAGUCAGAGUUGCAAAGCUGGCUCAAAGUUUUGCAGCCAACUCCCGAGAAAAACAGAAUGGUCUGCAGACCCGGAUAGCCGGCUCUGGAAAUGUAAGCCGGCUCUGCAGAACCGGCUCUAAUAUGUUAAGCCGGCUCUCCUGACAAUUCUGCAGCUCGAGCUUUGUGUCCUGCAGAGCAUUUAAUGACCCCCAACGGCUAGAAACGGCUUUUUUCGAGCAAGGGGCUAUAAAUAUGGUUGGUAACAGAUCUGAAGAAGGUUGGAGAACAUUGCAUUGAAUAUCUUUACCUACCCAUUAGAGCUUUAACUUGAGUUUUUGAUCUUUGAGUGAUCAUUGCUUGUAAUCCUCUUCUUGUGCUAUUAUUGAGUGAUCUUGGGGGUGUGUUGAUUCCUUCAAGAGUGAUCUAUUGAGAGGAUUUGUGGGGCUUACAUUGUAAAGGGGUGAGGUUUGAGAGAAAUACUCAUCUUGUUGUAAAAGGAUUGAGUUGCUCCUUUAAGCCACCCUUGUUGUUGUUAGUGGAGAGUGUGGAGGAAAUCCUUGGUGAGUGAAGCCAAGGUAGAGAACUAGGCUCCAAGUGGUUGGACCCGAACCUCUAUAAAUCAUUGAGCAAGCU